AUGAGGAUCCAAGGCAAGCUUGAGGAGAAUGAGGAGAGGCUUCCAAUUAAUCUUGUGGUUAGAAAGAUUUUUAGUAAAAGAAAUGGACUCUUUGUAGACAUUAGCUGUUUGUCGUGCCUGUGGUCUUGUUGGAGACUUUGGGCCUUUGGGGGCUCUUGGAGCUUGAGUUCAGAGUUCACAGAGCAGACAGAACUGGGGAGUUAUAUCAUGGAUAAAGAGGAGAAAGCUGAAACAAAUGAUGCUGUUAACAAUGAAGAGAGGCUUGGCAGUGGUGAUGAAGUGGGAGGAGAUGAGGGUGACUUGUAUUCUCCCGAGCAAUCUGAUGUGGGGGAGUUUCAAGAUGUAACCCUUGAGCCCCCAGCUGAUAUGGAGUUUGAAUCCAAUGGGGAAGCAUUAGCCUUCUAUAAAGAAUAUGCGAGGACGAUGGGGUUUGAAACGGCAAUACAAAAUAGCCGUCGAUCAAAGGCCUUGGGGGAGUUCAACGAUGCUAAAUUUGCAUGUUCGAGGUAUGGAACGAAGCGGGGAAAUGGUAAAUCUGCAAAGGCACCCGGUAGUAGUCAGGAUCCAGAAAAUGCUGAAGGUAGAAGUAAAAAGACGGAUUGCAAAGCUUGUAUGCAUGUUAAGCGAAGAUCCGAUGGGAGAUGGAUUAUUCACAGAUUUGAGAAAGAGCAUAACCAUGAGCUUUCACCUCCCCAAGCUGUGAGUGAACAGACAAGGAGGGUGUAUGCUGCAAUGACAAGACACUUAACUGAAUACAAAAAUGUUGUUGCCAUAAAAAGUGAUGAGGGAGGCCAGAAUUUGGCUAUGGAUGCAGGGGAGGUAAACAUUUUACCGGAAUUCUUUACUCAGAUGCAAAGUAUGAAUUCCAACUUCUUUUAUGCUGUCGAGGUAAGUGAAGAUCAUCGAUUGAAAAACUUUUUAUGGGUCGACGCCAAAAGCAGACAUGAUUAUGCACAUUUUAGUGAUGUUGUGUCAUUCGAUGCUACCUAUGUCAGAAACAAGUACAAAAUUCCUAUAGCUCUAUUUAUCGGGGUGAAUCAUCACUAUCAGUUUGUGUUACUCGGAGCUGCAUUGCUAUCUGAUGAAACCUCUGCAACACUUUCUUGGGUGAUGAGGACAUGGUUGAGAGCAAUGGGUGGUCAAGCUCCCAAGGCCAUAGUCACUGACCAUGAACAGGCUAUGACAUCAGUUAUUUCAGAAAUUUUCCCAUCAUCCCUCCAUUUUUUCUGCCUUGGAAAGGUCUCAGAAAGUGUGAAAAAUGCUGUGAAGCAGAAUGAGGAGGAAUUUAUGGUGAAGUUUGAAGAAUGCAUUUACAGGCCAUGGACCGACGAGGAGUUUGAAGAGCGGUGGCAAAGUCUUGUUGAUAUGUUUGAACUCAAAGAAAAUGAAUUGUUUCUGUCAUUGUAUGAAGAACGAACAAAAUGGGUACCUGGACUUAUGAGGAAGAAUGCUGCACUUUUAGGUGGAAUGUCUAGCGCUGUUCAAUCAGAAACAGAAAGUGUGAACUCGUUCUUCGACAAAUAUGUGCAAAAGAACACCACACUGCAAGAGUUUAUCAAACAGUAUGAAACUGUUCUACAAGAUAGGUAUGAAGAGGAAGCCAAGGCAGAUUCUGAUACAUGGAACGAACAGCCUGUUUUGAAGACGCUGUCGCCCUUUGAGAAGCAUAUGGCAGGGGUGUACACACAUUCUGUGUUUAAGAAAUUCCAAAUCGAAGUUGUGGGUAUUGCUGCUUGUAUUUGUGUAUCACAGAAGCAAGAUGAGAAGGGCAGUAUAAGUUAUAAAAUCCAAGAUUGUGAAAAGGAUCAAGAUUUCAUGGUUACAUUGAAUGAAGAUAAUUUGCCGGCUAGGCCAGAAGAAGUGUGUUGUACUUGCCAUUUGUUUGAGUUGAAAGGCUAUCUUUGUAGACAUGCAAUGGUUGUUCUCCAAAUCCGUGGCAUUUCUACCAUCCCACAGCAAUAUGUCAUGAAAAGAUGGACAAAAGAUGCCAAGAACAGAUACCCUCUGCUAGCUGAAUCUGGAGAAAACAAGUCUAGAGUCCAAAGAUACAAUGAUCUAUGCCAAAGAGCAAUGAUAUUGAGUGAAGAAGGAUCAUUAUCUCAAGAGAACUAUACAUCUGCUUUGCAUGCACUUGAUGAAGCUUAUGGGAAUUGUGUUGGUGCUUUGACUUCAUCCACUCCUGGUCUGUUGGUAGAAGGAGAUAACCAAACCAGGAAGACAAAUAAGAACAAAAGUAAUCCAACCAAAAAAAGAAAGGUAACUUUGGAGGAGCAGUAUGCUAUGAUUGCAGAAGGAGCACCAGAUAAUUUUGCACAAACGGAUAUGUUAACCUCUACACCAAUGACACUGGAUGGUUAUUGCCCACAACUGCCACAAGGUGUACAAGGAAUGUUGAACUUGAUGGCACCAAACUAUGGGAACCAACAAACAAUGCAUGAAGAAUCAAAGGUGAGGUCUUCAUCACAAUUGAAUGAUAAUGAGGAUCCAAGGCAAGCCUGA